AUGAAAAGUACAGUUGACACCAGCAUGAUUAAGGAAAACCGGUGGAACAUACCUCCUAAUGCUCCUGCAUGUAUGGAGAAGCAUUUAUGCGCGGCUCAGUACAGAGCAGAUGGCACCCUUCUGCUGGGCACCUCCAGCCUGAGCGGCAGGAACUGGCAGGGAUCUGUAUGGAUCUAUAGCGAGCCUGAGCAGGCCCCCAAUGAGGGGUUUUGCAAAGCUGGUGUGCAGACUGAGUCUGGUAUCACAGAUGUCAAAUGGGUGGCUGAUAAAAAAAUUGUAGUUGCAUCAGAUUCAGGUGCACUGGAGCUCUGGGAGUUGGCAGAAGACGAGCGCCUGUUGGUGAAUCGCUUUACCAAAUAUGAUCAUGACCAUAUCGUCACUACAGUGAGCCCCAUUCCUGGAGCAAACAGUGCUGUCACUGGCAGCAUGGACUGCAGUAUAAAAGUCUGGGAUCUUGGCCAGGAAACGAUUGUCACUACCUACAGUGUUCACACGCAGCCUGUCAAUUGUGUUGCCUGCAGUCCUACGGAAGAGUCACUCUUUGUCUCAUGUGGCCAAGACGGCCGUGUGUUGAUGUGGGACAGGAGGAAGCCAAAUAAACCUGCCUCAAGAAUAGAUCUGGAGUCACCCAACUGCUCUCCCACCACCGUAGCAUGGCACCCCCACCACAGAAGCACCAUUGCGUUUGGUAAGGCUCCCCAGCAGAUGACCGCUGGCCCUAAGUUUACAUCGGUGUGCAGUUCCCAAAAUGCUGUUUGCAUUGCAGGAGACGAGCUGGGUAAAGUGACCGUGAAGGACUUCCUGGGGACAGAACCGACUCAGGUUGAGAACGUCCACAGCCGCAGAGUUAACGGCCUCGCCUUCUCCACAAACAGUGCCCCCUUGCUCGCCUCCAUUAGUGACGACUGUACCCUUGCUGUUCUGAACUCUGAACUGCAAGAAAUACUCAGAGAUCGUCAACACCAGGACUUUGUGAAAGGUGUGUGUUGGCGUCAUGGUGGCUCCACCACACUUACAACUGUGGGCUGGGAUCACGUUGUGCUCCACCACACAGUGGAUCCAGACGCUGGACCUCCCAACUCCUCAUCUUAG